GACUACCCAGAAGUCAAUGCGGGACAAUGUUGGGCGGCAGCAAUUUCCGCCUCGAAUAUUUGUGGUCCUGUUUUGGCUUAUCGCCACUUGCUACAAAAUAACUCGGAAACGCUUCACGACGACUCUCACAUGCCCUUCGCUAGACCUUGCAAUCUGUGACCUAUGUCCAACUCAAUACCUUUGGUUCAUAGAGGAUCAUCUCCACAGAGAUUCUCAGGCAGCCGCGCAUCUUCACCACGCGUUGAUCAAGCGGUUCCCCAUGUCAUUUCCCUCGAGGAAGUAGCGGAAGGGGCAAAGGACAUCCACCCUCGCUGGAAACGCGAACUGUACCUACUCCUCGAGCAUCCAACUUCUUCGCCGUCGGCCUUUGUGGUUCACUUUGCAGCCACUUCCUUAAUUGUCGUGUCGGCCGCUGUCACUGUCCUCGAGACCAUUCCUUCGUCCCAUGCAAUCUCUGGCAACAUCUGGUUUGGCCUAGAGACCACUCUCGUGGUCCUCUUCACGGUGGAAUACAUUGCUCGUAUGAUAGCCCACUCGAAUACGUGGUCUAGUUGUGCCAAAUGGGCAAUUUCUUUCUUCGGCAUUAUAGACUUGCUCGGUAUACUUCCGUACUACCUUGAGAUAGCUCUUAGACAAGAUACUUCAACGCUCUUCAGGUUCACCAUCCUCAGAACUUUCCGACUGUUACGUGUAUUCAGACCAUUCCGGUAUAAUAAUACCAUAUUGCUAACCAUAGAAGUAAUGUAUCUAUCCUUCCGAAGAUCCGAGCAUGCUCUGCUCGCUCUCGCAUUCUUCGUGGUCAUGGUACUCGUCGUAUUCAGUACCUUAUUGUAUUUUGCUGAACGCGGUACUUGGGAUGACACGUUGGGCAUCUUUAUCAAUUCAGAUGGGGACCCCAGUCAAUUUGCAUCUAUCCCUGCUGCUGCAUGGUAUGUCAUAGUCACGAUUACCACUGUUGGAUAUGGCGAGAUCACUCCUCGAUCAUUCCUCGGCAGAUUGAUUACGGUCCCACUCCUCGUAUUCGGUCUUCUCUUAAUUGCGCUGCCCACUUUCGUGCUUGGCCGAGAGUUCAGCGCUGUCUGGGACUUGAUGAAGGAAAAAGAGGUAAAUGAGCGUAGCCACUUCACAACGCCGCUAACUUCUCCGCUGGCGCGCAAUUCUAACGCUGCCCGCUCAACCUGGGACGUGCGUCUAGACUCGCUGGCUGCGGAAGCUAUGAUGCCUCUAGGAGUAAUGAACCGCAGGCAAUCUGAGCGGGAUAGGGCGGAGCUCUCGUCACAGAUCGCCGAGCUCAGAGCAGUUGUGGAAGGUCAAGGCGAAAUGCUCCGUCGAAUGAUGGAGAUGCUCGACGGCAAAGGAAAGCAAAAGGCUGUGCAGUUCGAAGACGAGCAAGCAGGCCCUUGGAGCUAACGAACUUGUGAUAUGUGUGUUCUCUUCUCUUGUGCGCCAGCAUUGGUCCAUCGACUCAGUAUUUUUCGAUCAUAAACAGAUUGCUAGUGCGUCUAGUCAGCCUGUCAUUUUGUGAGACAGUUUGCACGGUGUACGCUGCGAUUUUCUUGUAGACAUCUCGCCAGCAAUGUACGGCUCGACGGUCGGUAUUCAACAAUUGUAUUCUCAAUGCAUAGAUUGGAAUGCCGUGUUUUACAUGCGC